GUCACUGGAGGUGAAAGGUAGAAGGGUCAGUCCGUCAAGGCAGUCGGUCGUUGGGAGGCGAAGCCGCGCCAUGGCUUUGGAGGCGGCGCUGGCGGCCGUCAAAGGGCCUGGCGAGGCCGAGGGGGUCCUCAGCAGCUUCAACGAGCAGAAUAAAGCCAUUUUCAAAUUUGAACCCUCUGAUGAAGAGAAAAGGAAGCAACUCUGUGAAGAAAUAUUACAUCUACUGGACAAAGAAAUAAAAACAUCAUGUAGAGUUACUUGUCUGGAGGCUCUGCGUAUUCUCUCAAGAGACAAGAAAGUCUUAGUUCCCGUAACAACAAAGAAGAACAUGCAGAUCUUGAUGAAGCUGGCAAAGCUGGAUUCUCUGGAGGAUCCUUUGGAAGAUGUGACUGAUUUCCCUGUCAUAGUGGAAGCUUUAAAAUGCCUUUGUAACAUUGUUUUUAAUAGCCCAGCUGCCCAGAAACUUAGUCUGGAACUGAAUCUGGCAGCUAUGCUUUGCAAUCUCCUGAAAAAAUGCAAGGAUCAACAGUUUGUCGAAGACAUAAAGUGCUUUGAUUUGCGACUCCUCUUCCUCCUUUCCCUUUUGCACCCAGAUAUCAGAUCACAGUUGAGAUAUGAUCUCCAGGGGUUGCCACUGUUGACUCAGGCCCUGGAAAGUGCAUUUAGCAUAAAAUGGACAGAUAAAUACAUCACAGCUGAAGAACAGGAAAUGUCACCUUUGUCAGUACAAGAGACAGAUUGUGCCAUUGAAGCGCUGAAAGCUCUCUUUAAUGUUACUCUUGACAGUUGGAAUGUACACAGUGAGAAUGACUCUCAUGAAUUUCGUUAUAUGGCUGCUAUUCUGCGUCAUUGCUUGUUAACUCAGGGUCCCACUGAAGAUAAAACAGAAGAGUUGCACAGCAAUGCGAUCAACCUUUUGAGCAAUGUUCCAGUGUCAUGUCUGGAUGUGCUGAUCAGUCCAUCAGCUCAAGAGAACACAGAAGAAGCAGACAUAAAAUAUGAUGGAAUGAAUAUGGAUGCUUUUAGAGUGCUAUUGAAGUUCAUGGAGAAGAGAAUUGACAAGGGGAGUAGUUAUCGGGAAGGGCUCACUCCAGUUCUCAGCCUACUAACAAGAUGCUGCCGGUCCCAUCGGAACGUAAGGAAAUUUAUUAAAGCUCAGGUGUUGCCUCCCUUGAGAGAUGUGUCCAAUCGUCCUGAAGUCGGCACAACAUUACGAAACAAAUUGGUGCGUCUUAUGACUCAUGUUGACUUAGGAGUGAAGCAAAUUGCUGCAGAAUUCCUUUUUGUUCUUUGUAAAGAGAGAGUUGACAGCUUACUGAAAUACACUGGCUAUGGCAAUGCAGCAGGACUGCUAGCAGCAAGAGGACUGUUAGCCGGAGGAAGAGGAGAAACCUGGUAUUCAGAUGAUGAAGAUACAGAUACAGAAGAAUACAAAUCUGCAAAACCAAACAUUAACCUUAUUACAGGUCACUUAGAAGAGCCAAUGCCCAACCCAAUGGAUGAAAUGACUGAAGAGCAAAAAGAAUACGAAGCAAUGAAACUUGUCAAUAUGUUUGAUAAGCUUUCUAGAGACAAAGUGAUAACACCUAUGGGAGUGCGGCCAGACGGUACAAUGACUCCUUUAGAAGAGGUUGCCUGCCAGUAUCAAAGGAAUGAGCCAGAGAGUUCUGACUCGGACUAGUGUAUCACCCAUUUCAUUCACUUGACUCACCUUUACUUCCAGCCACAGCAUCUUUUGUGAUAUACAUAUUAGACAUUUCACAUUAACCAAGUGUUAACAACAGUUUUAUCAAUACAAAUGUAUAAUUAUGUUUUAAAAAUCCAUGGUGGAGUUUGCAUUGGUCAGAAUUCCGUUUAUAUGGCAACUCAAGGCUAUAUAAGCUUCCACUAGUGAUAUUUAAUGGGAUGAAAAUUUAAUGUUAAAUUUCUAAAAAUAUUAAAACGUAAAUAUUCACCCAUAACACUUCCCUUGUUUUUUAAAAAAUCUUCCAUUUCAUCACCUUAUUCAAGGGAAGGAACUGGGAGGUCUAAUUCGGUUUAAAAACUAUGAAAUAUCUUCACAUUUAAAAUUUAAAAUUACACAGGAAAACUCACUUGGGCUGAAGAAGAAGCUGCCCAAUGCAUGCAUUUAUUUAAUCAGCAUCAGUUACUUUCCAUUCCUCAUACUUACCGUAUAUUGUCUCUCAGGGACUGCUGGAUCUUGUUCAUACCAACAGCCUUUACUGCUAAAUAUUAAGUAGAUUUUCAGUGUUUCUAUACUACUUAAGAUCCAGGUCAACUUGAAUGCCUAUUUUGUCAGGAUAUUUCCAUUUGUCCUCAGAUCCAGGACAGAAAACAGGCUUCCUCCCUAUGCCUGCAAGAUAGCUGUCUCCAUGACCUGGUCUAGAGAUCAAUUCCACAACACACUCCCCCCCCCCCCCUGAUUUUGGAGAGUCCCAUCAGUGACUGCCCUGAAAGUGUGCAUGAGUAACUUUAAAAGGUAGAGACUUAGUGAGAAGGGUUUGGUAGCGGCCUCAUGCUGUUGCUUAGCUGCCUCUUUAAAUGAUAUGUAUGAAAGCAGGCCCUAAUGUGUGAAGAAACUGGGUAAAAUCUGUCUGUAUAAUAAUUGUUAAGAAGUGGAGAAUGUGUUGCGUUGUAUCAAUAAAACUUUGUAUACAGUUAAA